GUUCGCGUAGUUGCCCCUCCUAACCGAUGAAGUGAUAAGUCUGGUGACACCGGAACACCCAGGCGCGCGCGCAGGAACGCGAGAGCUCGUAGCUAAUAGAUGGGCUUGGUCGCCGGACGAGGGGUCGGCGUUCACGUGCGCUUGCCAUCCUGGGGCAGCAUCAAGCCGUCGCCAAGACUGCCUCUCUUGCUUGGCUCUCUCCCUGCCGCGGCGGUGAGAGCUGCCUUUCCUGGAUGCUCAUGCCCGCCAGCUGUUCGUCGGAACGCCCCAGCGGUGGUGCCGUUCGCCAAGAAGAAGAGGAAAGGGCAAAGUGAUGAACCACCGGAUGAGGAGCCAGCCGGUAAUUUAGCUGAUGAGAUGGAUGACGAGGCGGUGGAAGAGGAGGAGAAUUUUCUCGACGACGACGACGAUGAUAUAAUGGACGAUGACGAGGAUGAUGAUGACGGUGACUAUUCCUUUGAUGAUGAUUUUGAGAGUGACGAUGAACAGGACCUUUAUGUUGGAGAUGGAGGUGCUGGUGGUGGAAUAUCACUUGCUGGCACAUGGUGGGACAAGGAAGCAUUGGCUUUGGCAGAGCAGGUCUCUGCAUCAUUUGAUGGCGACUUGAAAAUUUAUGCUUUCAAGACAGCUGCAAACUUAACCAUCAGAGUACGCAUUGAGAAGAUGUCUACUAGGUAUGGUUCUCCAACAAUAGACGACAUUGAAGCAUACACAAUUGCAUACCGUGCAAAGUUGGAUGAUGCAGAAUCAGCAGGAAAGAUACCACAGAACAUAUCUUUGGAGGUGUCAUCCCCUGGCGUGGAGAGAGUUGUCCGUGUCCCUGAAGAGCUUGAACGCUUCAAAGAGCGGGCAAUGUACAUCAGAUACACUACAGCAAGCGAUGAGAGGGCCACGCCUCAGGAAGGCGAUGGCGUGCUCAGGCUAAUCUCCUAUGACAUGGAUCUGCGCGAGUGCACAUGGGGCAUAGCUGACGUGAAGAUAAACCGGCAGCAGGCAGGCAAGGGCAGGCCCCUGAGCAAGAAGCAGAAAGAAUGGAGGCUGCAGACGCCGUUUGAGUCACUGAAGCUGGUCAGGCUGUACUCUGAAUGCUGAGUUCACUCCAGGUGAGGCGGUAUGGUUGGCGCAGAGUUACCUUAUCCUGUCCCGGAGACAUUAAUUGUUGCGAGACGGGAGCGCAUACAUGACAGGGGGUGCAGCAGGCGCGCGUGGGAAGCCUGCGACAGGACAGGGUAGGCCGGGCGCUUCGGACGCGACGAACGGGGGUGCGACCGAUGGACGGGACUGCCGCCGCAGGGACCCAGGGCAAGCACAACGAAUGUAGGCUUGUAAUGAUUGUUUAUAUUGUUUCUUGAGGACAUGCAUGGAUUUUCUUGUUGGACCCACUUGUAACUUCUCCCCCCUGAAAUAUAAAGGGGAUAUCUUCUGUACAAGGGGAGGAUGAAGAAGAAUACAUAGGAUGUAAGACUAUUACAUCAAGAGGAGCCUGAACCUGGAUAGCUCUUGUAUUCUUGAGCAACAAACACACACAUUCCAUAGGCACAUCCGGAACGCUGAUCACGCACCCACUGUCCAGCAUACUCUGGAAUCAUUGUCAGAAAUUUACCCCAACAUAUUGUAAUCCAUAGCAUCAAAUAGACUA